AGAUAGCAGACACCUCACUAUCUGAAGACGAGUCAUGAAGCUGCUUAUAGCGUUAGCGGUGUGCUUCGUAGCCAGCGAAGCCGCCAGACAAUACUGUUAUGAUGGCGAUCAUUUCGGCUACUGCCCCGACCUGAACACCACGACAGGCGGACAGUGGUUCUUUCCAACCAGAAAAAUCGCACGUUUUGGCUGCGAUGACGGCAAAUACUUGGACAACCCAAAGACUCUGGGCUGUGUACGUGACGUCCAAGGUGAAGAUGGCUGCUCCUGGAAUGACACUAUGACCGAAAUGUGUAAAGAUUUCAGCGGCUAUGAGGGCUGUUACAGAGACUACUAUGGCCUAAUGACCAGAGCAGCUGAAAGGACGUGGUCAGACAGUAUCCACAUGACAGUACCUAGAUGUAUAUCUUUCUGCUCCAAGUACGGCCUUGACCUUGCUAUGCUGAGAGACAACAACGAGUGUUUCUGCCACAAAGAAGGCAUCAAAUAUAAACAGUUCGGCAACUCCACGUCAUGCACGAACAGAUGUAGCGGAGACAAGUCUCAGGUCUGUGGAGGUGACAGAGUCCUGUCCGUAUACAGCAUCAAGGCGACAGCUCUCAGUGGAAAUAUCCCAUUGGUUCAUUGUCCUAAAGUGGAUCCCGGCACUGGCACUUUGGUCCACAGCAAGAAGGUCAACAACAUCACGCUGAUCGGAGACUCUGCAAGACUUCAGUGCAACUACGGCUCCGUCGUAAAGAACGGCGCUAAAUCUGCUCAGUGCGUUCCUGAUGCCAAGGGAAACGCUAUGUGGAGCCAGUCACUUGGGAAAUGUGAACCUAUCCCUGGAUAUUUGGGUUGCUUUAGAGACGGUUACUAUAGCAACAAUCUGGUGAACAUCUUUAGCAGCAAGAACAGAUGGAGGGACUACGAAAUGACCACCACAAAGUGCCUCGCUUUCUGCAAAGAGUCUGGUUUUGAGCUGGCUGGUUUGAAGGUUGGCCGCUACUGUUACUGCGGGAUGAAGUCACUUAAUCUCACCGUGAACGGUGCUCCACUGAAAGGUGCCCGCUACUGCAGGACCACCUGCUAUGGAGACAGAGACCAGUACUGUGGGGGAGAUUAUAAUGUCGUCUCGGUGUAUGACGUAACUAUGUCUUCAUUCACUGGAUUGACAAAGAUCACGUGUCCCAAGCUGAACAUUCCUAAUGGCAGAAUCGUCUAUGGCAGCUCUUCCGUGAACAACCUGACUUUCCCAGAGGGCGCUGUCAGCGUCACCUGCAAUGACGGGACCGUCCGCCUUGGCUAUUCUAGACUGACCUGUGUCCAGAAAGAUGACCAGACCGACCCCACGUGGAACAGACCCGCUCCUGUCUGCGAAGUAAUCCCAGGGUACCUGGGCUGCUUCAGAGAACGAUACCCAGAGAUGAAGUUUGAUCCCUCCACAGUGUGGACGACAGACUUCAUGACCGCUACCAAGUGUAUCAAACACUGUAAAGGACUGGAAUACAAUUAUGCAGCUCUGGAGUACGGCAACAUCUGUCACUGUGGUAAUAACGAACUUCUGUAUGACGCCGGGGCUGCCUCAGUCUGCAACGACAAGUGUAAGGGCAACAGCACCCAGAUCUGCGGAGACUACAAGAAACUCUCCAUUUACCAGCUGAACGUGAAGGUAACAACUAUUGCCCCAACAACACCAGAACCCACUACCGAGAAGCCAACUCCAGAACCAAUGAAGCCAACAACAGCUAAAGCCACACCAACUCCCAAAGCGCCAACCCCCUCUCUCAUUUCUAGCACGGAGGAGCCUGGAUCCGGUGAGGGAUCCGGUGAAAUCGUAGAUCCAGGAAUGGGUUCCCUAAUUGGUUAG